AUGGUCCAAAUGGCCGCAGGGACAAAACAGGGGGUGUUAUCGUCUUUUCCUUAUCUCGCGAAUGACGAGUUCGAGAGUGGUUGCCGCGCCUUUCUGCACCGAGUUCAAUUGACCGGUAGGUUACCAAUGCAGUGGUCGUCGGUUCGGUUCCAGACAAAUGGCCAAAUCUUGAAGAUCUGUCAAAUACUCAGCCCUGACUACGACGGUCCCGCACGGUCACUGCAGAUAGAAGACACAGCGGACUUGCAGCUAGAAGCGUGGGAAGAGGACUCUCAGCAGGAAGCCUUUAUCCGUACAUCCAAUUCUUGUGAGCUACAGGUAGACUAUGAUAUCCUCCUCUCACCAACCUACCAAGUUCCCGUCCUAUAUUUUGUCUUACGGCGUAUGGACAAGCUUCUGGGCUUAGAUGAAGUCUAUGAAUAUCUAGUCCCCGAUCAAUGUAAGAGGAAUAUCCGAAACAUGGGUAUCAUGGGUGGUAUUAGUUUCGGUUAUCAUCCAAUAUUCGAAACACCAGCGUUCUUUGUCCAUCCGUGCAACACAGCGGACACCAUGAGGGACGUCGCAAGCGAGCAUGACAUCAGCCCCGAGGCAUAUCUCAUUAUCUGGCUCGGCUUGGUGGGUAGUUCUGUUCGUCUCCAACUGUCAAGUGAUCUCUUCAAGGCAACAAGUAUCCCAAAGCCCAAUGCUUAA